AUGGCCGUAUCAUACCGCACUGGUAUCACGAUCCUACAGUUCAUCUUCUUCGUGCCCUCGCUUGUCCUGUCCUUGUUCCUCUGCUUCCACUAUGGCCUGAAAUGGGCCGCCACAUGGCGCUUCAUCGCCACCCUCUCAGCACUUCGAGUCGCCGGCGACGUCUCCUACUUUAUUUCCCUAUCGCACCCGUCAAUCAACAUCUAUGUUGCCGUCAUCGUCUGCGAGCUGAUGGGUCUGGCCCCGCUGAUGCUGACCCUCGUCGCUUUCGUUAACCGGGUAAACAAAACCACCCACUCCAUCCCUACCAAAUCCUCCCUCACCAUCUCCCUGCUCUCCCUCACCGGCCUCAUAACUGGCAUCGUCGGCACCUCUCGCGCCCUUGACGACGCCACCACCAUCAACGACGUCCAGAUCAACACCCUCAUCAAGGCAGCCCUAGCCCUCUUCCUCGCCGGUUACGGUCUCAUGUUCGUAGGCUUUCUCUUCGUGGCCCUGGACGUCGCCCGCCACCCAGCCAAGCGAGCCGCGCUCGGGUCCGAGAUGCGUAUCCUCGUCACCGUCGUGCUGGCCUGCCCGUUUGUGUUUGUGCGUCUGCUCUAUGGGGCUCUCGGGGAUCUUACUGGCGAGGCCAAGUACAGCUCUCUAUACGGGAGCAACACGAUCUAUCUCUGUAUGGGUGUUCUCAUGGAGAUCUUGGCUGUGGCGAUCUGUCUGGCCUCGGCGUUCCUUGUGCCUGUGCCGGAGGGCAGAGACGGUGCAAAAGAACGCGGUGGGCUGCAAGACACGAGGUCUGCUGGCACACCUACACUCGAUGCACAGAAUUAA